UAAUCCUCAUCCCUCCUUCUUCACCUCCCCCUUCCUCUCCCUCCAACCCCAAGUUAAAAAUGGCGCCGAGAGUCUAGAGCCUAAUACAGCUGGUCGCAUCAGAAGGAAUCUGCCAAGCUUUCAUGGCCUUCCAGAUUGAACCUCCCAACGAACACCGCCCAAUUAAAUUCAUUACCCAUUUCUUCAAUUCCGCUACCUCCAAUUUCUGCGCCCUUUUAGCCAAUCCCCAAUCAAUUCCGCCAUUUUCCCUGCAACCAUCCUCUUCUCGUCUAUGCAUUCCGGUCGCAUUCCCUGUCCCUCGAAAACCCCCUUUGUUCACCCAUUCACGUAUUGAUUCUACUCAUCCUGACCUUGACUCCUCCAAAUCUGCGCCUGUUAAGGGUUUGUCUUCAUCGCCCGAGUUCGGCUCUGGUUUUCCGUCGACGCUGAGGAUUUCAAGUCUUAAUUCUAAUGGAAAAGCUGGCGGCCCUGCGUUUGUUGGCCAGGUCUUCAGUAUGUGCGACCUUUCUGGGACUGGUCUUAUGGCAGUCUCGACCCACUUCGAUAUUCCUUUCAUUUCUAAGAGAACUCCAGAGUGGCUUAGGAAGUUGUUCUCAACCAUUACUAAGAGUGAAAGAAAUGGCCCUAUAUUCCGCUUCUUUACUGAUUUAGGUGAUGCAGUUACAUAUGUUAAGCGAUUGAAUAUUCCAAGUGCUGUGGUGGGUGCAUGUCGUCUUGAUUUAGCAUACGAGCAUUUCAAGGAAAAACCUCAUUUAUUUCAGUUCAUUCCAAAUGAGAAGCAAGUUAAAGCAGCAAACAAGCUUCUUAAAGGCCUACCUGAAAAUGGUGGGAGCAAAAAGAUUGAUGGUGUUCCUGUUUUCAGUGCCCAGAACUUGGAUAUUGCAAUAGCAACUACUGAUGGGGUACAGUGGUACACUCCUUAUUUUUUUGAUAAAAACAUGCUCGAUAAUAUUCUUGAAGAAUCUGUUGAUCAGCAUUUUCAUGCUUUAAUUCAAACUCGGCGUUUGCAGCGCCGAAGGGAAAUAACUGAUGAUAAUGCAGCAGCAGAAGUGUUUGAAGAGAUGGGCGAUAGUUUGUUGGAGCCUCCAGAGGUUCAAGAAGUGAUGGAUGAGAUGGGCAACCUUGGAAUACCCUUGAAUGUCAUCUCUAAGGUUGCUGAAAUGCAGCUUCUUUAUACUGUUGAUAAAGUAAUUCUUGGAAAUAGGUGGUUGCGUAAGGCUGUUGGCAUUCAACCCAAAUUCCCUUACAUGGUCGAUUCAUUUGAGAGAAGGAGUGCUGCUUCUCUCUUAAGAAUCUCAGAGUCUGCAAGUGGUCUUACCAACUCUAAAUCGGUGAAGGAGACCAAAGAACUUCAUUAUACUAGUUCAUCACCUCUAGAUAUUCAAGAUGAGAGGGAAGCCAAUCAAGAACCUAAACAACAUUCCUUCAAUCCUUUUAGAAAUUUGUUUAGUCAUCUGUGGUCAAGGCGACGUCAAAGAGACGACUUUCCUCAGGAACAGGCAAAGCAAAAUGUGCAGCCAAGUCCUUUUCUCCCCAAAAUAACAAUGGUUGGCAUCUCUACUGGUGAAUCAGGGCACAUGAGUAAAGCCAAUUUAAAAAAGACAAUGGAAGAUUUGACUAGAGAGCUAGAGAAUGUGGAUCAGGGAAGUGCUGCUAAUCAUAAUGAGUAUGAACUCAACAAUGAAGAAAGGGAUCCAUUAUUUGUUGCAAAUGUUAGUAAUUUCAGCUCUGGCUUGGCAAAGGCAGGUUCAGCACGGUGGGUUCGUGGAAACGAUUAGAGGACCUUUCUAACAUCUUGCAUCUGAAUAACUUUCUCCACAACUAAAUUUCUCCCAGAUGCGGAGAGCAGGAUGUGAAGUUAUGGCAUACUUCCCUUACCGGGGGGUAGCUUUUCAGUUUGCCAAAUGUAAAAUCAGACUUGCAUUUCAUAUCCGGUGCUGUGUAUGGUAGUAGUUGCAUAGAUAGAUCGAAAAUGGUAUGUGUGUGUUAUAUCAACAGAAUGAAAUGCAAAAGAGGUAGAAAGAAAGACCCCUCUUAUUUUUUUCAGACAAUUUUGAGCAAUAAUGAGAUGGGAAUUUUGGCUUUUAAGAACAAGAAGUUGAAUGUAUAAAUACAAAUGUUUAACGCAA